AUGCCCAACCGUGGCCGCUGGUCCCGGCCGCCACUGGCUUCCUUGCCGAGACCGAGCUCAGGGGAGGACGCGGGGAGCCCGAGCCCAGACCUGGAGGUGUCCCUGGACUCCGCCCUGUCGGACCUCGGCGUCGGACGGAAGACCUGCCGGCAACUGCGGGGCGAGCUGCGCUUGGAGGAUGACUCCUUUGCCAGCCUGCUGCUCCUCUGGCGCCGGGACCAGCGUCGGGUGGAGACCGCCCUGGCGCGGCUGGGCGACGUCGCAGCGGAAGCGAUAGCUGAGAGGCUGGCAGUGGCGGAGGUGGGCAUGGUUGAGGCUGAGUCGCUGCAGCAUCCAAGCGACUGGCCCUCCGUCAGCGGGCACAGCGGCGGAGGCUACCAGGCUGAACCUGGCCCGGUCAGCUCCGACGCCGUGGAGCCCUCCUUGGACCGCGUCUGUUCGCUGCUCCCCCGGCGCCGUGCUGGCUCCGAGGGGCAGGAGGAGCGUAGCCGCGCUUUCCGGCGGCGCGUGAAGAACGAGCUCUCCGGUGGGGCCCAGGCCGCCCUGCGUGGCGCCCAGGCGGCGCUGCGGGAAGCGGGCGCCAAAGGCGCCGAAGCUUUCGUGGCCGAGGGGGCAUUCUUCGAUGCGUAUCUGAGCUCGCGGAGGACUGUGAAUUCACUGGCCAGGGCUUUGACGCUGAAGGCGUCUGGCACUAUCGAAGAUCGUACGCGCAUCUCCGAACUCGUUAACCGGGGAUCCGCGGGGCCAAACACCCGCACGCGAGCGGCCGGAGAAGCUCGGGCGCAGACCUGUCGCUGCUACCAGAGGCCUUCAGCUGGCAUGACCCGCGGCUGA